CCAUGGAUCCAUCAAACUGGUCUCCAGAACCAUUGGUGACACCUUCAGAAAGAAAAGAGGCAUAGGAAAAAAGAAACAAGAAAUAAACAAAUGUAAGACUCCAGAAUACCGGUUGCUCUGAGUUGGACCGGUUGCUCUGAGUUGGACCGGUUGCUCAGAGUUGGACCGGUUGCUCAGAGUUGGACCGGUUGCUCUGAGUUGGACCGGUUGCUCAGAGUUGGACCGGUUGCUCUGAGUUGCACUCUGCCAUGGUUGCCCAUUGUCACAGAUUCUGUUCGUAGCGUUGAACAGUCUGCGGACCAGCCGAUCCGUUCUGGUGACCUCAGGGUCUGUUUUUGCGGAUGAUCUCGUCCUACUGACCUCAUCGGGUCGUGAUCUACAGCGAUACCGGAGCGGUUCGCAGUCGGGAUGAGGAUCAGGGCCUCCAAAGGGUAGAGGGCCUUCUCCGGGUCGGGGGGACGUCCUGCCCCGAGAGGAGGACUUUAAGUAUCUCUGGGUUCAUGAAUGAGGGAAAACGGAGCGGGAGAUCCACAGACGGAUCGGCGCAGCGUCUGCAGUGCGGCGGGCGCUGUACCGCUCCGUCCUGGUGGAGAGAGAGCCCAGUGAAAAAGACAAGCUCUCGAUUUACCGGUCGAUCUACGUUCCCACCCUCAUCUAUGGUCAUGAGCUUUGGGUCAUGACCGAAAGAACGAGAUCGUGGAUACAAGCGGCUGGAAUGAGUUUCCCUGCAGGGUGUCUAGGUUCAGUCAAUCAAUCAAUCAAUCAAUGAACUUCAUUUAUAUCAUCAGGUACGUUCUGGUCGCAGGUCGUCUGGGACGGACUCAGUAGAGACGCUGCUUCUCCACACCAAGAGGAACCAGAUGAAUCAGGCUUCUGGUUAGGAUGGACGGUGAGGAGAUCGGGUCCCACCAGAGGAAGACAAACAGGAGGGGACUAAUAAUUACAGAGUUUGGUCUGGACUGAAUUAGUCUAGUCUGGUCUGGUACCUGCUGUAUGUUCGGUUGGAUGAAGGUUGGACAUGUGGUCUCUGCCCCCUCACUUCAUCCCAGGCCUGAUUUCAGCUGUUGGCUCGGACCGUUGAGGGUCCAGUUCCUCCGUUUUGCUCCCAUCAGCCUCUCAGGUUGAUUAGCUCUUCAUCAUCAGAAGUCUUCGUCUCUGAGAGUUGAUGUGAGAAACUAAAACCAGGAGAAAUACUUCCUGGUUUUACUGCAGAGUUCUGACUAAAUGUCCCGCUCUACCAGAGAUUUUUAUUUCUUUUGCUGAUGAGUUUUAUUAAGUGAUUGAGGUGAAAACAUUAAACUUUAACGGAGACCAAAGAACCCGGUUCUGUUGGAAUCGUCACUUUGACCAUAAAUGAAUUCAGUUGUGACUUUAGUGAACUGAACAGUGAACCAGUUCUUUCUAAGAGUGAAUCAUAAGUCUGAGGCGUUCAGGGUGUGAGUCGUGUUACAGGUGACCCAGGUGACCCAGGUGAGUUCAGGAAGUGCUCUCCUCUCCAGACUCCCUGGAUCGGUUUGUACGAUGAUGUGAACAGCUGGCGCUGGUCCAUGUCCGCAUCUGACUUCUACCGACAAGACAAGAAGAAGUUCAGGAACUGGGCGUCCAGAGAACCAAACAAUAACUAUGGAAGAGAGAACUGCGUUGAGAUGCGUGGAGACGGACGUUGGAAUGACGAAUUUUGUAAUAGAACUCGAAGUUCCAUCUGCUUGGAUGUCAAAGGGACAAAGGUGACGUUUGUUCACGUCAACGUCAACAUGACCUGGAUGGAGGCUCAGCGGUACUGCAGGGGGCGCCACACCGACCUGGCCAGCGUCAGGAACAUGGCAGAGAACCGGCGGCUGCAGGUCCUGGUGCCGACCGGACAACGGGCCUGGAUCGGCCUGUCCAGAGAGUCCUGGAAGUGGUCGGAUGGAACCGGCUCGGCUUUUAGCUUCUGGAUGUCUGGAGAACCCAGUAAGACCAGACAGAACUGCGCCGCGGCGAACAUGAAAGAUUCUGGAAGAUGGCAAAACUUUUGCUGCACAGAAAAGAAAUCAUCAGUUUGUUCUACAGAUUCAUCUUUAAAGCAAGUGAAGCUGAAGGUGGUGAGAAGUUCCUCUGUGGAUCUGAACGACCCGGACCUGCUGGAAGACCUGCUGACGAAGAUAAAUCAUAUGAAGCAGAAGCUGAGGGAGCAGGGAGUGAGUGGAGACGUCAGACUGAGCUGGAGGAAGCAGAAAGAUGGAAAAAUCUUCCUGAGGAAGAAGGACGAUGAGCUUUAG